GCCAAGACAACUCUAAUCAAGUGCUUCUAUUUCUACCAGUCGGAACAACCAUGAUGCUCAUUUCCAUCAGGUUGAGUGAAGCCUUGGAAGUCUAUAACUCUAUGUGUCUAUUACUGAUCAGGGCUUCACCGAGUUAUUUUGUGCAGUUUGUAUACACGUAUAGAAGCUUUCAAGAGACUGAAUCAUUCUGGAACGGAAUGUUUUAGGAGAGUACUUAUUGAGACUCGCAGUUCCCGCAUACUUACGCUUGCAAGCCAUUGCCUACUUGCCUAUCCCCCAGCUGCAAUUACUAGUUACCACGGAAUAGUCACUCUUUUCGUUCCCCUCCAAAUUCUUGCUGUCAUUCUCCUUCAAUAAACUCCUUCUCAGCACUUCUACAACUUUUGCUCGUCCACAGACUGCUAUUCUCUCAUAGUGAGCCUAUAGUCCUCAGCCACUUCGGAUCCACCACUGACAUAUCACCUCCUAGAUGCGUCUCCCAUCAAUCCUCUCGACCACUCUUCUAGUCGCCGGCAUCGCCCAAGCCCAAAACUGCGUCGAGAACGGUCCCACAGGCGACGCCAUCACCGGUUUCAGGUUCUCGGGGACAUGCGAAUCCUGGCAGUGGUUCUCGCGCGAUAAAGGCACGCAGGUCAAGCUUCAGCCGGACUGCUUCCUGCGCCAGACGUUCCCCAACGCCACACCUGUGGGCCACGUAUGUAUCCAGCUCGAGAGCGGGGGCCACAAGUGCUUCUCGGCGCCGGGGGCGGGGGCACCGCAGUGUAGGGUGCCGGAUGACUUUUGUUCGGGGAUCCAGAAUAUGUGGGGAUGGUAA